AUGUGGUACUUAGGUAAUUUUGGAAGAUGGGAUAUCAAUAACUUAAAAAAAAUUCAUUAUCAUUUAAUAUAUAUUAACUAUAAUAAGUUAAUAAUAUUACGUAAAAAAAGUUAUGACUCCGGAAACAAAGCAUCUCUUGCACACCAUUUGGUUAAGAAAUUAAAAGGGACCAUUGAUGCUACUACAUUUGAUAGUAGUAAUAAUUCUACUAAUCUUAUUGAGACAAGUGACAAAAGUAAAGAAAAUAAUUAUAAAUUUUCUGACACCCUCUUGCUUCCAAAAACAACCUUUUCUCAAAGAGCUUUUGCUUCCGUCAGAGAAUUGGAAAUUCAGGAUGCAUCUUUUAAGACUUUGUAUUCCUGGCAGUAUAAUAGAACUAAUGUUAAAGGAACUUUUGUGCUUCAGGACGGCCCACCUUUUGCGAACGGAGAUGUUCACCUAGGGCACGCAGUAAAUAAGAUUUUAAAAGAUUUUAUUGUAAGACGUAAGAUACUGGAGGGCUACCGAGUAAGUUACAUUCCCGGUUGGGAUUGCCAUGGACUGCCUAUCGAGAUAAAGGCUCUUCAGAACUCUGAAGAAGAUGCUCCUCGUGAUCCACUUCAAAUAAGAAGGAAAGCACGCAGUUUUGCUCAAGAUGCUGUAGCUUUGCAGAAGGCUGCCUUUCGAAGAUGGGGGGUUAUUGCUGACUGGGAUAACGCGUAUGAAACAAUGAACAACGAGUACGAGGCAAGCCAGGUUAUCGCUUUUACUGAAAUGUUUGAAAAAGGCCAUAUUUAUCAAGACUAUAAACCUGUUUAUUGGUCUCCUUCGUCCAGAACUGCACUAGCAGAGGCCGAAUUAGAAUACGUAGACCAACACGAAAGCGAUUCGGUGUAUGUCAAGUUUCCUAUAAGAUGCGCGAAAGACACGUUUCUAGCGGGCUUACCUGGGGACAUCCAAAACAGCGAUAUCCAAGCGAGUCUAUUGGUCUGGACAACCACGCCAUGGACACUCCCCGGCAACGUGGCUCUUUGCGUAAAUCCGUCUGCCUCUUACGCCAUUGCGCUGGUCGCCUUUGCGUCUCGCCCUUGCAAAGAAGUUUGGGUCUUCAUGAAGGCCCAAAUCUUUGACCUCUCCCGCCUCUUUGCCAGUUUGCCUUCGACAUCACGUGGUCAAUGCAGCCAUGGACUCGCCGCUGAAGUCAGUGAGUUUGUGGUCAUCGGAGAAAUCCUCGGAAAGGCCUUGGUGGGUACCACGUGCUGUCACCCCAUCUUUAAAGAACGCGAGUCCGUCGUUUUGUCGGCGGACCACGUGUCUAGCUAUACUGGGACUGGCAUUGUCCAUGCCAACCCCGCGCACGGCCUUGAAGAUUUUUACGUGUGCACCACUCCGGAUUUAGAAGGAAAGGUUCUUGUGAAUGACGUUUCUUCCGUUUGCUACGUGGACGACGCUGGAAAGUUCACCGACUUUGAUUCGAGGUUUUCUGGUUUGGAUAUUUUUAAGGAAGGCACUCAAAAUAUUAUAGGGAUGCUUUCUGGCGAAGGACUUUUAGUAAAACACGAGAUACAUCUCCACCGCUACCCAUACGAUUGGCGGACAAAAAAACCUGUCAUUUUACGAUCGACGUUGCAAUGGUUUUGUCGAAUCGGCGGCCCUUUACUAGCGCGAGCCUUGCAGGGAAUAGAAACGCUACUGAUGAUCCCGGAAACGUCCAAAAACCGCCUCCACUCCAUGCUUUCCGCGAGAAAAGACUGGUGCCUGUCCCGCCAGCGAGUGUGGGGAGUGCCGAUCCCAGUGUUCUACAAAAAUAACGAUAAGAGACAGCCUGUGAUUAGUCGUGACAUUUCACAGCACGUUGCAGGGCUCUUCAGAGCACAUGGUAGCGAUAUUUGGUGGUCUGCUGAGCAUGACGACGCUCUACUGCCCCCUUCGCGCCGGAAAGAAGGACUCAUUCGUGGGACGGACAUUAUGGACGUUUGGUUCGACAGUGGCACAUCCUGGAACGCCGUCACGGAAAGUGCCACCGGAUCGCACGUGGCGGACCUUUGCGUGGAAGGCUCAGAUCAGCAUCGUGGGUGGUUCCAGUCAUCACUUCUGACCUCAGUGGCAUUGCGAGGAGCCCUUCCCUUCAAGACUAUUCUUACGCAUGGCUUUGUUCUCGACUCAGAGGGCAAAAAAAUGAGCAAGUCGCUGGGAAAUGUUGUCUCGCCGAACAACAUCAUCAAUGGCAAUCCCAAUAAGAAUAAGGAGGCUGCUUACGGGGCUGAUGUGCUGCGCUUCUGGGUGGCCAGUUCCUGUUUCACCAGUGAUCUUUACGCCGGAAAGGAAAGUUUCGCGAAAAGUUCGGAAAACGUGCGAAAGUUAAGGACCUCUGCACGGUUUCUAAUUGGCGUCCUUCAUGACUUCUGUAUCCGCCUUCAUGGCGUCAGCCAGUCAAACAUGCUCACCAUCGACCGCUAUAUAAUGGCCCGCCUCCAUGCCUUCCAAGAGGAACUCAACCUUCACUACAGUUCGUACAGAUUUCAAUGUGUCGUAUUCAGAAUGCUCACGUUUACUUCGUAUCUUUCUUCCUUCUAUUUCACUUUACUGAAAGACAGGCUGUAUGCAGCACGUGCGGACGGCCCUGAAAGACGCUCAGCGCAGACCGUCCUUUUUUAUUGCUUGGAAGUUUUUACUGAGGCACUAGCACCAAUUCUCCCCCACCUUGUCGAGGAUAUCUACAAGCACGCGCCACGGCCACAUGGAAAGGAAACAAAGGCAAGCGUACUAAUGAAGGAUUGGACAGCUCUUCCGGCUCCCACUCCCGACCGGGAAAAGCUACUAGUGGCCGGUAGUAUUAUAGAAAAACUGCGGCCGCUUAUCAACGAAAAACGUUUGGCUUCACUAAAAAAUAUUACAAGUAACGAGCAAUUGGAGAUCCGCAUCGCGCUCUCACAUGCCUUGAAACCAUUUUUGGACGAAUUCGAGGGCAAAAAAGACGAACUCAAAGAAGCCCUCGGAGGGGCCAGCGUCGAACUUUCCUUUGGGUUGUCCGGAAGCUGCAAGACAGACUCGCUGGAAGUGGAAUUGUUGAGUGGUGAAAAAUUGUUGUACUCCACCAAUAUAAGCGUAGAAAAAACACGCAUGAACAAAUGUCCUCGUUGUUGGCUAUAUCAGUCCACCAAUCCAAAGUGCUUGUGCCCACGUUGCCGUGAGGUGCUUAAUAAAAAACCAGCGCCUUAG